AUGCCAAAAGUAUACUUGCUCGACUAUGUGGCGGGCAACGUCCGAAGUCUAGUCAAUGCCAUUGAGAAAGUUGGCUACACUAUUGAAUGGGUCAAAUCACCAGAAGAUGUCGAGAAAGCAGAUAAAUUGAUCCUCCCUGGCGUCGGCCAUUUUGGUCAUUGCAUGACCCAAUUCUCCUCUGCCGGCUACCUCCCCUCGAUACGAAAGCACAUCGAAUCUGGGAAACCAUUCAUGGCCAUAUGUGUUGGUUUACAGGUAUUAUUCGAAGGCUCGUCUGAGAGCCCCGCUGUGCCAGGUCUUGGUGUGAUCAAGGGCCACCUCAAUCGAUUCGAUGACACCUCCAAAUCAGUACCUCACAUUGGUUGGAAUAGCGCGAACCCUCGAGGCAAGCAAGCAUACGAUCUGCGUUCGAGCUCCAAAUACUACUAUGUUCACUCGUAUAAAGUUCCAUAUCGAGAAGGAGAGCUGGAAAGCCAGGGAUGGACUGUCGCCACAGCAAGAUAUGGUGAUGAGGAAUUUGUUGGAGCCAUUGCGAAGGGAAAUAUCCUGGCAACACAAUUCCACCCCGAGAAGAGUGGUUCUGCAGGUCUGCGGGUCCUCAAAGCGUUCUUAGAUGGGGCAGAAGGCAGAGGAGCACCUGCUGGCAUAAACGCAGUGAAUGAAGGCUUGACGAGACGAGUUAUCGCUUGUUUAGACGUACGGACGAACGAUCAGGGCGACCUGGUCGUAACGAAAGGCGAUCAAUACGAUGUGCGAGAAAAGACAGAUGGUGGCAAUGUUAGGAAUCUUGGCAAGCCAGUGGAAAUGGCCAAGAAAUAUUACGAGCAGGGCGCUGACGAGGUUACAUUCUUGAACAUCACCAGCUUUCGAGAUUGCCCACUGGCAGAUUUGCCUAUGCUGGAGAUUCUGCGGAGAACCUCGGAAACUGUCUUUGUUCCUUUGACAAUUGGUGGAGGCAUUCGAGAUACCACGGAUACAGAUGGGACAAAAGUAUCAGCGUUGGAGAUUGCGACGAUGUAUUUCAAGAGUGGAGCGGACAAAGUGUCGAUAGGGUCCGAUGCUGUCACAGCUGCUGAGGAAUAUUAUCGUGAGGGGAAGAAGCUUUUUGGCAAUACCGCUAUUGAGCAGAUCUCGGGGGCAUAUGGAGCUCAAGCCGUGGUUGUAAGCGUUGAUCCCAAGCGGGUAUACAUCUCGAAGCCAUCGGAGACAAAACACAACACUAUCGACACAAAGUAUCCUGGACCCAACGGCGAAGAGGCUUGCUGGUAUGCAUGCACAAUCAAAGGCGGCCGAGAGACUCGAGACAUGGACGUGGUGGAGUUAGUUACGGCCGUUGAGGCAAUGGGUACCGGGGAAAUCCUCCUCAACUGCAUUGACAAGGACGGUACGAACAGUGGCUUUGACUUGGAGCUUAUUGAUCAAGUCAAGAGUGCUGUCAAGAUACCCGUCAUUGCGUCAAGUGGAGCAGGUGUUCCAGCUCAUUUCGAGGAAGUGUUCUCAAAGACCAAGACAGAUGCCGCUCUUGGCGCAGGAAUGUUCCACAGAGGCGAAUACACUGUGAAAAAUGUCAAGGACUUCCUUUCAGAAAAGGGCCUGAUGGUCAGACAAUUUGAAAGCGAGCUAUAG